AUGCCUCUCGUCGUGCCAGGAGUCACCAACCAGCCCGACAACAAGACGGAGGAGUGGACCAACAAGCUGGUCGGCAAGAAGAUCACCGAGGAUGAGACCUCCAAUGAAGUUUCUUUUGCGAAGCGUGAGCUGCCCGAGAAACACAGGGUCAUCGUGCCAGGCGGGAUAGUGACUAAGGACUUCGUCCCUGACCGGCUCAACGUCCAUGUCAAGGACGACGGCACUGUCUCGCACGUCACUCAUGGUUGA